CAAGAACAACUCACCAAGUCAUCUCAUUUCCCCAUGCCUCAUUAUUAAUUCCUCUCUCUCUCUCUGUCUCCUAUCCCUGUAUACUAUUUUAUUCUCCAUUGUGUUUUUUUUUCUCUUUCUUUUUCUUUUUAUUUUCACAAGCAAAAUUCUUCUCUUUUGGGUGUUUGUGAGAGAGAGAGAGAGAGAGAGAUUCCAUUUCCACAAUUCCACCCAACUUUGAUGUACUUGUAGCAGUAGCAGCAGUAGAAGAAGCCAAGAACUGCUUGUGGAGAGCAAAAAGAUCGAUUUAUUGCUGUUUUUUGGCUCGAGAAAUCACUGGAUAUUGCAACUGGGGAUCUCAGGAGGAGGAGGAGGAGGAGGAUUCGGUCGAGUUCUUGAGCUCGAAUCUGCCUCGGGAACCGCGCGAAGGAGCAGCCGCCCUUUGGAGCUCCGAGAGGUCGCGGCCGCGUGGUGGUGGUGAUGCCGCGGCGAGCUCGAUUUGGUUGAGAUUUUGGGCGCCGAUUUCGUGGCCGUGGCGGCGUCGUCGUCGGCGUCGGAGAUGGAGGCGAGCGGCGAGGAGCUCCUGAAGAAGAUCCGGGAGCUGGAGGUGGGGCAAGCGCAGCUCAAGCAGGAGAUGUCCAAGCUCGGCGGCGCCGCCGCCGCCGCGGAGCGGAGGCGGUCGCAGUCGGUCUCGCCGCGGCGCGGCGCGGCGCCGCCGCCGCCGCACCAGCCGCCGCUGCCGGCGAGGCGGCUCUCCGGGGGGUUCGAGGGCGGGGCGCGCGCCUGGGCGCGCGGCUCCGCGUCGUUCCCGCACUCGUCGCCGCUGCAGCGCGAGGGCCGCGCCGCCGCGGCCGCGGGCGGCGGGUUGACGGAGAAGCAGUACACCAGGGUGUUGCAGUCGCUGGGGCAGUCCGUACACAUUCUUGACCUCGAAGGGAAGAUCAUGUACUGGAAUCGAUCUGCAGAGAAACUGUAUGGUUAUCCAGCAUCAGAAGCACUUGGUCAGGAUGGCCUCAUGCUGCUGAUUGAUUCCUGUGAUAUCAAUGUGGUAAAUGACAUCUUCCGACGCAUAUCUCUGGGUGAGAGUUGGACCGGAAAGUUUCCAGUUAAGAACAGAGCUGGAGAUAGAUUUUCAGCUGUUGCCACCAACACUCCUUUUUAUGAUGAGGAUGGCAGUUUGGUGGGCAUUGUUUGCGUUUCAAGUGAUUUGCGCACAAUGGAGGAGAUAAUCAGUGGCCCUUCAAUCUGUGCAAGGCCCCAUCCAGAAUCUUCUAGGACCUACUGUGAAGCUAGUUGCAGCAACAGCAAUCGCAAAGCCAGUUUGUUGAGCAGAAGCCCAUUUGACUCUCAGCAACCUUUGCAGUCUACUAUAGCCUCCAAGAUAACAAAUUUGGCUACGAAGGUCACAAAUAAAGUUCGUUCUAGAGUCAGGGCAGAUGAAAAUGGCAUUGAGCGGGAAGGUGGUAGCGGUGAGAGUCAUUGUUCUGAUCGUGAUGCCAAGGAGGAGCCAACGUCUAGUGGAACAACUACGCCAAGAGGGGACGCACCACGCGGAGCCUUUGCUACAGAAGAGAGUUCCCCUGGGAAAACUGCCAAAAUGAACAGUGAUGAAUCAGAAGGAAAAGUAGGGUUCCACAGGAUCUUGAGUUCAAAGGCAGAGGCACUGCUGAACAAGAAAGGGAUAUCAUGGCCUUGGAAGGGGCGGGAUAACGAUGGACCUGAUGUGAAGAACCAAGCAACCUGGCCGUGGUUGCAUGGGGAGCAAGAUGGCAGCCAGAAUCAUCAGAAAAUUUCUGAUUCUGCCAUAACUCAAGAUGGUCAAGGUGCUGAAUAUAACCAACCUAACAAAAAUGAGGCAUCAGGUUCCUGGUCCUCUUUCAACAAUAACAGCACAAGCAGUGCAAGCAGCACGGGUAGUACUAAUAGUAGUGCUCUUUACAAAGUAGAUCAUGAAGCAGAUUGUUUGGAUUAUGAAAUCCUGUGGGAAGACCUUGUCAUUGGAGAACAAAUUGGUCAAGGCUCGUGUGGAACAGUAUAUCAUGCUUUGUGGUAUGGCUCGGAUGUGGCUGUUAAAGUUUUCUCUAAGCAAGAAUAUUCAGAAGAAGUGAUACAGACCUUCCGACAAGAGGUAUCCCUUAUGAAGAAACUACGCCAUCCUAAUAUACUUCUCUUCAUGGGUGCGGUUACAUCUCCACAACGCCUCUGUAUCGUAACAGAGUUCCUCCCACGUGGAAGUUUGUUUCGCUUACUUCAAAGGAACAAUACCAAGUUGGAUUGGAGACGACGUGUUCACAUGGCUUUAGAUAUUGCAAGGGGGAUGAACUAUCUUCACCAUUUCAGCCCACUUAUUAUUCAUCGGGAUUUAAAAUCAUCCAAUCUUUUGGUUGAUAAGAACUGGACUGUCAAGGUUGCAGAUUUUGGUCUUUCACGUCUCAAGCGUGAAACAUUCCUGACAACAAAAACUGGAAAAGGAACACCACAAUGGAUGGCUCCAGAGGUGUUGCGCAAUGAGCCUUCUGACGAGAAGUCUGAUGUUUAUAGUUAUGGGGUCAUCCUGUGGGAGCUUGUUACUCAGAAGAUACCCUGGGAAAAUCUUAAUUCGAUGCAGGUCAUUGGUGCAGUUGGUUUCAUGAACCACAGGUUGGAGAUUCCUAGUGAAACAGAUCCUCAGUGGACAUCACUUAUCCUGAGUUGUUGGGAAACUGACUCACAACUCCGUCCAUCGUUCCAACAACUUCUGGAGAGACUUCGAGAGCUGCAAAGGCAGUACAAUGUCCAGACUCAGAUGCAGCGAAAUGCAUCCGCUGCUGCAAAAAAUAGCAGCAUUGAGGAAUGAAUGGAGAUCCCUUAUGAGGCGAACGAUCAAUUGACACAAUUUUGCAGGCGGUGCAGCGACACGCUAGCCUGAUCAGGAUUCGCACCUCCCGCGUGGUUACUGCUGAUGAUGCUGAUUGAUACAGCCAUUGCUGAAGAUUGAGCAAGACGAGGGAGCUGCCUCCUGAAUCCUCUUGGCCUGAAGUUCCACCUGCAGCUUCGGAAUUCUGACCAAGGUAGAGAGUACUGGAGCUGAGGCUGGCACUUUUGGUGAAUUCUUCCAUGACAACUCCAAUUUAUGCCUAGUCGAAUGUCGACCAAGCUCGACUCUGUAACGCGAAGGCGACAAUGAUCUUGUGUAGAUUGUUCUGACGAUCGACAACCAAAUUGUAUUCGAGUUGCUGAUCCUGAUUAUGCAUGAAAGUUGCACCAUCAACAUUGUAAGGUUCAACCUGUUCUUUUGUUCUGCUCUGAUUCCUUCUCUGUUACUGUAACCAUGUUGUUUAGAAUCCCAUCAGAACCCAAUCAUUCUUGCUACUUCGACCAUGGAUGGAAGAAAUAUGGAAUUGUGCCUUCAAUUUCACAUUAUUCAAA